CGUAAUAUUUGUCCAAAUCCUCAGAGUCGCACAUAACGUUAUUUAUCAUCAUUUGCUAUACUUAUUCUCUAUUUCAUAAAAUUAAAACAACUUUUUUUAUAUAUAUAGAAAUUCAUCGUUCACGCUCGCUUGAAAUUUGACGAAUCUCUCGGUGUUUCGGGCCCAGUUCUGCGCCUCCAAUGAGACGAAGCGCUUUUCGCAACGCACCUCUCAUCUUGGGUCUGCAAGAAGUCCCGGUUGAUCGACUUGGAGAGGGGCCUUAGUUGUGAAAACGGGAGAGGGGAAUGGUCGAUCGCGUUGGGCAGUGUUGGGGCCCCAUAAGUGUGUCGGGGGACCUGUCAUAUGUCGGAUUUUCCAUUCCACGUCCGCGAAACGCGAUCGCGCAAGUUCCUCGAGCGACCGCACGAGCGAUUCAACGAAUUCCAGAGCAAGUGCGGCUGUCGAGCGGACCCCGUUCUGCGCGGUCCGUCGAUCCCCCGCGCGCGAGCAAAACGCGCUCGGGCCCCGCAGCUGCUUCGAGAGUUGGAAUGCGGGAUCAACAUGGAGGAGGUGGCGGAUAGAUCGAUAUUGCUCGGUGAUGUCACGCACGGUCGCUGACUCUCCCGUCCGGCAUCCCGUUAACGGAGCAUGGAAUGGAAGGAUCAUGCCCACUCCUCUUUCCCAGCUUCGGGGAGCAGAGCGGCUCUGAGCGGGGAGGAGGCUACUCGUCGCAGAAGGUCGGCGUUUAUCGACCAGGUGCGGACACCAUUGACUUGGGCUACCAUACCCUCGACAACAAUGCCUGCCGUACCACGUCGUCAUCGUCGUCAUCAACCCCAUGCGUGUCCAACACGCCGACUCGCCAACAGCAGCAGCAGCAGCAGCAGCAGCAGCAGCAGCAGCAGCAGCAACAGCAGCAGCAGCAACAGCAGCAGCAGCAGCAGCAGCAGCAGCAGCAGCAGCAGCAGCAGCAGCAACCCAAGCUACCACAACCCAAGCAUCAUCUGGCCCACGUCGCGGUCAAUGAUCUCUGCCAGCUCGACGACAGUUUGCUGCUGAAGAUCUUCAGCUGGCUCGAUACCCGCGACCGUUGCUCCUUGGCGCAGACUUGCCGACGUCUCUGGGAGAUUGCGUGGCAUCCAGCGCUCUGGCGAGAGGUCGAGGUGCGUUAUCCACAGAAUGCCACUGCGGCGUUGAACGCGUUGACACGUCGCGGCUGUCAUACCUGCGUCCGUCGUCUGGUCCUCGAAGGUGCUACCGGGUUGCCCGGUAUCUUCGCCCAACUGCCGUACCUCAAUCUGACCUCGCUGGUGCUACGACACUCGCGUCGAGUCACCGACGCUAACGUCACCACUGUCCUGGAUAGCUGUACCCAUCUCAGAGAACUGGACUUGACCGGCUGUCCUAAUAUUACUCGUACUUGUGGUCGUACCACUAUUUUACAGUUACAGACGCUCGAUCUCAGCGAUUGCCAUGGCGUCGAGGAUUCUGGCCUGGUGCUGAGUUUAUCGCGCAUGCCGCACCUGGGAUGUCUUUACCUACGUAGAUGCGGUCGCAUCACCGACACCAGCCUGAUCGCCAUCGCUUCCUAUUGCGGCAGCCUACGUCAGUUAUCGGUGUCGGAUUGUUUAAAAGUUACGGACUUCGGGGUACGCGAGUUGGCGGCGCGUCUCGGCCCGUCACUCCGCUACUUCUCCGUGGGCAAAUGUGACCGAGUGUCCGACGCCGGUCUGCUGGUCGUCGCCCGUCACUGUUACAAGCUGCGCUACCUGAACGCCCGCGGUUGCGAGGCACUCAGCGACAGUGCGACCAUCGCCCUGGCGCGUGGCUGUCCACGUAUGCGCGCCUUGGACAUAGGCAAGUGCGACAUCGGCGACGCGACCCUUGAGGCCCUCUCUACUGGUUGCCCCAACCUGAAGAAGCUAUCUCUGUGCGGAUGCGAGAGAAUUACCGAUGCCGGUCUAGAAGCGUUAGCCUAUUAUGUACGUGGCCUGCGACAGCUCAACAUCGGCGAGUGUUCCAGAGUUACAUGGGUCGGCUAUCGUGCGGUCAAACGCUAUUGCCGACGUUGCGUUAUAGAGCAUACUAAUCCUGGAUUCUCCAGCUGAUCAACAAUCGUCGCUCAUAUCGGGCGACAUAAGGAAAUAUUCUCGGAAAAUAAGAGUACUCCGAGAAGAGAGAGAGAGAAUGUCCUGAUGAAUUCUUUGAAAGAGGGACUUUGAGGUAUAUCCUGAGAAUAUUAAAAAUAAGAAUACAUAUUAAUAUACGUAUAUUGAGAAUAAGAAUAUAUUCUCUAGUAUAAUUAAAAAAAAAGUUUUACUAAACAAUAUUCUCAGGAUAUUCGAUUAUUUCGUAUCACUAAUCUCAAGUGCCAGAGUGUAAUAUAGCGGAAGUUUAUAGAGAAUUGUAAACCUAAUUUUUUAUCAGAAUUUGUGCGACGAUAAAUGUUAUUCUUUUUUAUACGACGAAGAAAAAAAAACGACGUAGGAUGAAUUGUCAAUUUCUGGGAUCAAUAACUCUCUAUUUAUUAAAAAGCAUCUUUUUAUCGCUCGCAUAUUUGUAAAAAGGUUGUUUCAUGAUUGGUUGUAAAAAUAUAUACAUAUAUUCUGCUUAAAAAGUUAUGCGUGCUAUUUAUUGUUUUCAUAAUUUAAUAUACUGCAUAAUGAUGAUGAAUCAUUUGUAUUCUGUAACGUUUUGUAAUUUAUUGUAAUAAUGAUACAACAUUAAAUACUCUCAUUUCUUAACACCAUUGAAAUUCAUUCUAUACAGCGCAGAAUGUUACAGAAUAUUACAGUAAUAUUUAAAAUAAUUGCAAUAUUUUUGCUGAAAUGUUACUGGAAUAUUCUGUAAUAUUCUGUGCUGCAUGGGAUAUGUGUGGAUUAGUUACACAGCAUAUGCAAUGUAUAUGAAAUUGCAUAGAAAUGUGCAAUAAAUCAGUCCUUAUUAAAUUAAUUUUUAGAAGUACAAAAUUUCGUGUGAUAAAUUUUUAUAUUUAUAUCAUUGAAAAAUUGUUGUAUGUUACAAAAGUCAAAUGUGUUUAAUAACAAACGUUAUUUUAAAAUUUUAUAUGUCGUUUGGGGAUUAAAUAUUUAUACAAGAUUUGUA